AAACUUUUAACCGGCUGUUGUUUCGGAUCAAUAUUUUUAGUGAAAUUUAGUAAAUUAGUUCUUAUAGACUUUCACAUAUUUAUUUUAAAAAACAAUCAUUAUCUUUUGGUUAGAUUUUUAUAGCUUUUUUUUUACUUAAUUAAACAAGAUUAUAUGGCUCUUCGCAUCGUUUCUAGGAGUUCUAAUGCAUGGAAUUUUGGAAGAGUCUGUUUUACUCAUAAUAGGUUGCAAUCAACAGAAGCACCAAAGCAGAAAACCAAGUUUGGUCCAUUGUCUGAUGAUGAUAGAAUUUUUACAAACUUGUAUGGGCGACAUGAUUGGAAAUUAAAAGGAGCUCAAGCUAGGGGGGAUUGGUACAAAACCAAAGAAAUUAUUCUCAAAGGUCAUGACUGGAUUUUAAAUGAAAUAAAGACAUCUGGUCUUCGUGGUAGAGGAGGCGCUGGUUUUCCAUCUGGACUCAAAUGGAGUUUUAUGAACAAACCAUCUGAUGGCAGACCUAAAUAUCUUGUUGUUAAUGCUGAUGAGGGUGAACCAGGAACAUGCAAAGAUCGAGAGAUUAUGCGUCAUGAUCCACAUAAACUAGUUGAAGGUUGUUUAAUAGCUGGUCGAGCAAUGGGAGCUCGAGCUGCAUACAUAUAUAUUCGAGGGGAGUUUUAUAAUGAGGCAUCAAAUAUGCAGGUUGCAAUCCAAGAAGCUUACAAAGCAGGUUUAAUUGGAAAAAAUGCAUGUGGGACAGGAUAUGAUUUUGAUGUGUUUAUGCACAGAGGUGCUGGUGCUUAUAUUUGUGGAGAAGAAACUGCACUUAUUGAGAGUCUAGAAGGGAAACAAGGCAAACCACGUCUGAAGCCACCUUUUCCAGCUGAUAUUGGAGUUUUUGGUUGUCCUACCACCGUUGCGAAUGUGGAAACAGUUGCUGUUGCUCCUGAAAUUUGUCGUCGUGGUGGCAGCUGGUUUGCUAGUAUGGGAAGACCUCGUAAUUCAGGACAAAAGCUGUUUAACAUAUCUGGACAUGUAAACCAUCCUUGUACAGUUGAAGAGGAAAUGUCUAUUCCAUUAAAAGAACUCAUUGAAAGACAUGCUGGUGGAGUUCUCGGUGGUUGGGACAACUUGCUCUGUAUUAUACCUGGUGGUUCAUCAACUCCACUUAUACCGAAAAAAGUUUGUGAAGAUGUUCUCAUGGAUUUUGAUGAUCUAAUUCGAGCUCAAACUGGUCUUGGAACAGCUGCCAUAAUUGUUAUGAAUAAGCAGAGUGAUGUUGUCAGGUGUAUUGCUAGACUUAUCGAAUUCUACAAGCAUGAAAGCUGUGGUCAGUGUACACCAUGUCGAGAGGGUGUUGGCUGGAUGAAUAACAUAAUGAAAAGAUUUGUUGAUGGUAAAGCCAAAUCUGCAGAAAUCGAUAUGCUAUGGGAAAUUAGUAAACAGAUAGAAGGGCAUACUAUUUGUGCUUUGGGAGAUGGUGCAGCUUGGCCUGUGCAGGGUUUGAUACGUCAUUUUCGUCCGUUGUUAGAAGAGAGAUUUGCUCAAUAUCAAAGCAAUUUUAAUAAACAAGCAAACAUGUCCGUGUGAAUUCUCUUUAUCGCCUAAUGUAACUAUAUAUAGAUGUUAUUAAUUUACAAUAAGUUUUAAUACAAA